CAGAUUCUUAUGUGCACAAUGUUUUGGAUUAUACAUUUGCUGCUUCUUUAUUGGAUGAAUAAUGUACUUUAUGUUCAUGUCCUUUUGGUUGGGCAGUUCCAUUUGAAGCUUGAGGAAAAGAUGCAUGCAAAAGAAGUGGAGCAAAGUACUUUGCAGGAUAAAUCCAAGGAAAGUCUGGAAGUAGAAGUAAAGAUGCUAAGGAGGAGCUUAACAUUUAAGGCAACCCCUAUGCCAAGCUUCUAUCAUGAACCUCCCCCACCCAAGGUGGAGUUCAAGAAGAUUGCACCAACGAGAGCCAGGUCUCCCAAGUUAGGCCGCCACAAGAGGUCAUCAUUGAUGACGGCCUCCGAAUUAAGCGGCAACCGCAGUUCUCAAUCAGUCCAUCUAAAUCUAGACGAGAAGGUUACCCAAAAUCCUGCUACAAAAGAAUCAUCCCUCGGUUCUUUUAAGAAGCCACUUCAAAAAUCCCUUCCAAGACCUCUUUCUGAGAAGACUACAACAUUGGCCAAUACAACAGAAAAUGGUACAUUUCGCAGCCAACGUACAGACGACAUAAGAUUAAACAGGAAGCAGGGCAAAGAUUAGAGCCAUGCCAAAUUCGAACUGGACUUGAUGCAGUCCUGUAAGAGCUGGAGAAAGAUGGCAAUAGGAAACAUUGGUUUUGCUUUGGUUGAAUUAAAACUA